UCCUGUUAACGCACUGACGCGUUUUAAUGCAAAAGAAACUAUAUCGUCCACAAAACUCACCGGUGGGGAAAUUAAUGCUCUUAUUUUACUUAAUAAUCAAAUAUUAAACCAACUUUACUGAUCAUGACUGGAGAUGCAAUUACGGUGGGGGCUGACGAGCAUGGAGAGAGAGGAGCAGCAGCUGCAUCUGUGGAAAGACGACCUAGUAUUGUGAAGCUACAAAAUAUGCUAAGGAAAGUUUCUCAAAGCCCUUUCCAUAAUCAAUACAAGACUCUUGUUUCAUCAACCUCAGACUUCAGUGAAUCAUCAGCAAAUGAGUACCAAAACAAACAGAAUGGAGAGCAGGAAGUGCUGCACUUAAGUCCUCAGAGUGGAAUCAGUGGGGGCUUGGAAAGAAUAAACCCUUCUCAUGCGCAUUCUUUGGAUUUGGGCAGCAAAGGUCAUGUAAUGAAGGAUGUACGGAGGAAAAUGUCUGAUGAAAAUCUCAAUACCAUCCUUGUCCCUCCACCUGAAUUUCAAAAUGUGGAAAACGGAGCCCAAGUUUCUGAACCUCAAAAGGACUUAUUCCAGGCCCUUAACGCCAAUCAUUCACAAGGCCUCUUCCAGGCAUCAACACUGGCCAGGAAGACAUCUGCCAAUGACCCUUUUCAUGAUGUAACCCUGAACUCACCAGACUUAUUCAAGUCAAUCCCUGCUCAAACACAGACCUUUCCCAAAACCUUGGACCUGUUUAAAGAUGAAGGGGUCAAUCUUUUCCAGGCUGCUAAAGGAGAUGAUGAAGCUAAACGCACUACGGAGGUGAAUCUCUUUGAUAAAUCUCCCAGUAUCUUUGUUGACCCAUUCAUAUCUACUUCAAACAAGGAGUAUGAUCUGUUCCGUUCUCCACAGCCCAAGAUGGCAAAUCCAUUUUCUACUACCACGACUAAUGGAGCGGAUUUGUUUCAAUCACUUCCAACUAAAAGUGGGGAACUCUUCAACAUCAGGGAAAACAAACAAGACGCCUCUACGAAAGAGGACCCUUUUGGCAUGUCUUUUAAGGAAAACCUUGAUGUAUUUUCAUCUUCAUCCACAAAUUCAGUUGACCCAUUCCCAAGCCCAAUUACAAAGAGUUUAUUCCAAAGUGUUUCCAGUUUGGAUGACCCAUUUGGUCCUACUCCUUCAAAACAAUACGACCCUUUCCAGGAUGUUUCAAAUGGGUCUCCAUUUGACAUUUUCCAACCUCUUCCCUCAAAGACUAACAGCAAUGUAUUUGAGAUAAACCCCAUCAAUACUGCCUCUACACCUUCACUCAACAGUCAGAAAUCAGAAGUGAAGUUAGACAUGCUAUCUUCACCAGAUCUUUUCAAGGCAGCGACAUCAGAAUCACAUCCAGCCAUCCAACCGAACUCGUCUGACAGGCCUCGUGAUAUUGUCUUGACGACUCCCCAGGGAACUGAACAUGAAAUCCUUGAGCCAAGUCCCUUCAGUCGGGCCAGGCAUCUGUCUGUGUCACCAAGGCAAUCUCCAUCUGAAAUGACUCAUGUGCAGACCUUCAAACGUCCGCCAAAGCCACUUCCCCGAACUAGACCACCCAGGCCAAACAGGCCACCAAAACCAGAAAAACCACUGACACCAGCAAACCCUAUUGGAACUGAACCAGCUCUACCAAAAACAUCUCCCAAGCCAGCCUUCAGUAUGCUCCCAAAACCAGUUAAACCCAAAACUCUGGAAAGUAAACAGACAGACCCUGAGAACUAUGUUGUUUUUGAGGAUGUCCUGCUUAUUGGACAGGAGAGGUGUGUUGAAGACUGGCCCGAAGACAGCCCUGAGCUUAACCCUGACUUCAAACCAUCUGGAACAUUAAGACUACGACGAGAAUCAUUGAAAAUGGACUCUAAUGGAGGCAGUGGCGAGGAUCAGGACAACUCUGGGAGUCACAGCAAGAAAAAAGACAAAAAAAACAGAAAGUCCUUUCUUUCAAGAAGAGGGUCAAAGGAAAAGUUUGCUGAUGACACAAAGGUGGGGAGGAGCAAGACACUACCUUAUCAUAGUAAAUCAACAAUGGAGUAUUCAGAUAGGCACAUGUCUGCAGGAGAGAACGAAGACGAGAAGCAGAAUGGGAUGGUUUACACGAAGAAUCCUCUUAAGACCAAAGUCAACCCGAAGCUAAGAAGAGCGUCCACUAAUUCCUCUGUGCCAGACACAAAGCACAUGAACAAACUUUUACCUCAAGAAUCAAAGGGUGAUGAUAAUAAGAAAAGCGUCAGCAAGAAAAACUCCAUUGAACGUCGAUGGUCAGAGGGGGUCGUUUUGGAUGGCAGCACUGGUGAGGAUGAGGAAGGAGAUGAAGCCCAGCAUGGCGAGGUUCACAGCCAUGGAUUUAAGAAAAAAAAGAAGGUGAAAAUCACUUUUAUCCCACAUAGAGGAUUUGCCAUCACAUCAGAAAAGACGGAUGAUAAACUGAAGGGAGCACAUGGAUACACAUCUCGCAAAAACUCAAAGGUACAUGAGUAUUCAGAUAGGCACAUGUCUGCAGGAGAGAACGAAGACGAGGAGCAGAAUGGGAUGGUUUACACGAAGAAUCCUCUUAAGACCAAAGUCAACCCGAAGCUAAGAAGAGCGUCCACUAAUUCCUCUGUGCCAGACACAAAGCACAUGAACAAACUUUUACCUCAAGAAUCAAAGGAUGAUGAUGAUAAGAAAAGCGCCGGCAAGAAAAACUUCACUGAACGUCGAUGGUCAGAGACGGAUGAUAAACUGAAGGGAGCACAUGGAUACACACCUCGCAAAAACUCAAAUGUACAUGAUAAAUCACAAGAUGAAGUUUUGGGUGCACAUGGCUACACACCUCAAUAUAUGUCCCAGGCUAAUCCCUUUGAGGAUGUAGACAAGAUGAAAGAUUACCGUCUUCAGUCAGCUUACAUGGCUGCUUUCAUGGAUGACGACCUCUUACAGAAAACACCCCAUAUGUCUGCUGGAUUAAAUGGGGAUGAAGAUCCAUAUGGAAUGGCAGACUGGAAACCUAAGAAACCAACAAAGAUGAAACAGCUGCGCGUGGGUCGUCGAAGCCCUAAGGAGGGCAUGCUGGACAACAGUCCCCAGACAAAGAACAGCUUCUCAGCAGAGGAGUUAGACAAUGAAGACCUAAAAGGAAUGCAGGACUGCAAACCGGAUGCCUUUGCUGAUAAUGACAUCACUCAAACAGGAAAAUAUUUCAUGAGUCCUGGAGAGAUGUAUGACAGCGAACAGGAUGAAGUGGAAACCUGCAAACCGAAGAAGUCAUCUAAACUUAAAGGCCUCAAAAAACAAAAGGCAAAGAACAAAGCCAUGCAUCUAGAGUGUGAAGAUCCACCAGGAGCUACGUCUAGUGACUACCUGUCAGAGGCUGCUAAGGCGGAGUGGCUGGCUGCUCAGAUGGAUGAGCGUGCUAUAGCAGCUCUGGAGGAUGAUGAUCAAGAAGGGGACACUGACAGUUUGAUGGAGUGGUGGAACACUGUAGAACAAUGGGAUGAGGUGCCAUCAGACGAUGAGGACAAAUUCAAAACAGAGGAUGAGUCCAAGUCAUUCAGCAUCUUGGCAGACAAGGUUCAUCGUGGCCUGCGUGUCUUCAACAAGGUCUUCACAGAGCGAGCUGAGGUCCUCUGGCAAUCCACCGUCGCACUCCACAGCAUCGCUGACAACAUCAACAAUUUCCACCACAAGGCCAAGAUCGCUGGCAUUACUGGCGGCACCACCACUGCUGUGGGUGGUGUGACAGCCAUCGCUGGUUUGGCUUUGGCACCCUUUACUCUCGGUGCCUCUCUUAUAGUUACCGCUGUUGGUGUGGGUGUGGCAACAGCUGGUGGAAUCGCUUCAGCCUCUGCGGCCAUCUCGGAUAACGUUAACAACAUGAAUGACCGGAAGAAGGUGGAGAUGGUACUGGAGAACUAUGAGGCUCAGCUGCUGGACAUUGGGAAGAUCCUCCACUUUGUCAAUCAGGGCUUGUACAAACUGCGUGGUCAUCCUUUCCUCAGGUCUGGCACCCAACACUACUCAGAGGACUGGGAGGUCCGCAGGGCAGUCCAGAUGAUCAGCUUUGUCGAUCAGCCUGUGAUGCGAGCGACGGAGAUAGCGGACGAGGCCAUUACCUCAGUCCAAGGACUCUUCAAAGGCAUGGACAAGUACUUCAUCAAGGAUUCCCGAGAGCUGAAGAAAGGCUGCAAGAAAGAGGUGGUGGGUCAAAUAAAGCAUGUGGCAAAUUUCCUCCACGAUGGGGUGGUGCAGCUCAAUGCCAUCAGAGAGGAGCUACAGGAUGCCACUGGAAACAUUUGAUCAACUUCCUGCAUGAUGCCAUUUUGACCAUCAACAUCAAAGAUCACCAACCCCCUCUCCUGGCUAAAUGAGGGAACUGUUGGUUUUAAAGGAAUUCAUGGACCCAGUAGGUAAGCACCUACUGUAAGACAAAUUCAGUUUUCUGAAAACAGCAGACUCUAGAGUUAUACGUAGUUUAGACAAUUAACACUAGAUUAGACUAGAAUACAUUUCAAUAGUCCUGCAAAAAUGCAACCCCUGUGAAGCUAAUAAGUCGUUAUUUUGUUGUGAUUUUGGCAGAGGGGUGUUAAUUCAACUCUGAGAACUUGUGACGCUAUGGAUUAGUCUUGUUGUAUUUGUAUUAUAUUGUAAGGCAUUUACUGUACACACAGGGGGCUGCAGAAUGACAGGAAAACACCCUUCUUUAUGCACUGUAUGUAUUGUUCUGUAGGUAAAAUGUUUAAAUAUAAGGUGUAUCAAAAUGUAGCUUUGUGGUCACAGAUGGUUUGAUUUCAACAUUUGAAUAGAUUUUUAGUUUAAUUUGUCCACCUACUGUACUUACAGGAGGAUGGCAAAUGAUAAACGGGAGCACCUUACAAUAUAAUGCAACUGAUACAGCAUGAAUAGGUUCAGCAUUUGUAUUGAAUGUUGUCAGCAGAGUCUGUGAUUUAGUCCAAUCCCUGAAUCGGAUAUCAGUUUGAGCAAACAAAUAUUAGACUCAAAAAGAGGGAACUGUGCAGACACAAAGUGAUAUUUGUCUUUAUGGUGUUUAUAAGAUUUUAAUGCGUUGUUAAAAUUGGCAUGUUAAUAGUCUUCAUUUGUUGAAUUAAAGUUAAUGGAUAUAGGUUUUGUAAAUAGAAAUGUUCUGCUCACAUUGUAUAAGAACAUCCAAUUUUAAGUGUUUCUUUUUUAAAGAGAAACGGUGAUAAUGGUAAAUUGUAUUGCUUCAGGACACCUAUUAACACAACUAAUCUUUUUUUUUUUUUUGGUUGAGUUUAAGUCUUUUAGUUUAUUAAAAGUAUUCAUAUCCCGGAUCAAGUACAAAAUGAAUAAAUCUCAAAGAGAAGAGAUGCUCUGAACCAGAUUUGGCUACCAGCUCAUUUCCGUCUAUAGUCCCAAACGGGUAGGUUGCAGCUGUAGGUUGUGGUUUGCUGGAGCAUCAGUUUAAAAAACAAAACAAAAAAAGCUUCAACAAUUUGUACCUAUUGGUAAAGUAUUCCUGCAUUGAAAGCCACAUGUGUCACCAUGUAAAAUUAUUGCACACAUUUUUGUAAUUUUUUUUGUGGCAUGUAAUGCAUUUUAGUUGCAUUAAGAAUCAAUUUUAUUUUUCCCCAUAAUAUAUAUAUCAAAAACUGGAGGCACCUUUUGUCUUAUGUGGCAUCCAUGUAAGUGUGUGUGUGUGUGUGUGUGUUUGUGUAUACUGUUGACCAUGCCCCCAUGAAUGAUUAUAUGUGUGUUUAUGUGCCUCUAUUCUAUUUUACUGUCAAACCUAAGUUUAACCAUUCAUAUAUUAAUGUUUUGUAUACAGUCACUGUAUGUUUUAAAUGUCAAUUUUCUUUGUGACCACUUGUGGUCUUAUAAUACUCUUGCCUUUAUUUUGUCAGUGUUUUACACUGUUAGGGCAUUUUCCUGCAUUAUUUUAAACGGAUUCUUUCAUGUAACACUGACUCUGUAAAUAAAGCCUGUUUACAAAUA